CAUUGGUCCGGCCAUGAUUUUCAGAGAGAGAAAAAAAAAAGGGAACAAGGACAUAAGCUUGUUCAUAUUUCUUUUUUGUUUGUUACUUCCCUUUCUAACCUAAAAAAAAGACUUCCUUUUUCAUGGGUCAAGCCAAAAGCAAAGAAAACCGUGUUCUCGCACAAAAGACCCAUUUUUCUCCAAGAGAAAUCAGUCAUCUCCGACAAAAUGUAGAAGCAUCCUCGUCCACCAAAAACACCAUUACCGAAGACGUCUUCAAAGAGACGGUAAAGAAAUAUGUUCCUUCGGUGACAUCCAGUGACGAUGUCUUUUUAAAACGAUUGUAUGCUGCAUUUGACGUCGACAACAAUAACUCUAUUGAAUUCUCCGAAUUCGUGGACGGUCUAAGUGUCUUUAUGAAAGGCAGCCCCGAAGAAAAACUCGCAUUAUCUUUUAAAUUGUAUGAUGUCAACCGUGAUGGUUAUUUGACAAGAGGCGAGUUGGAACGAGUGAUGCUGCAGCUGGCCACGACUUGCUCGGAGGAAGACCAAACGAAUGAUAUUAAAGGAAUGAUUGCAAGGAUGUUUGAGGAUUUGGAUGUCGAUGGAGAUGGUCGACUGUCAUUCGAAGAAUAUAAACUGUCAGCGAUGAAAGAACCGUUGGUGGUGGAUUUCUUGGAACAAUUUCUCGCCGAACAUAACCUGUCCAGCAAUCCUCCCAUGCCGUCUCGACCGGCUUCGGUGCGAUCGUAUCGUUCCAAUCGUUCCUUAACACCCAACAAUCGAUCACCGGGAUCACCUUCAUCGCCGUCCAAUCAAUCGCGUUUGUCGGUGCGAUUAUCGCAGGCCGAAUUGCUCGAAUACAGUCAUCAACAGCAACGAUUGAACAGCGUGCCUACCAGUCCUACCACCUCUAGUCACAGUCCAAAAUCGAACCCUUCGCCGCCCAGUCCCAUCAUGAAGCAGCACGGACUCAGUCGACCUACCAGUAUGGCAAGCUUAGAUGCCGCAUUGACCUCUAUGGAUCUAGAUACCGAUAAAAAGAACCCACGUCAGCAACUCAGCCCUCAAGCUCCCAAUCCACAUGCAGCAUGAGGUUCCUGAAACCUUUAUUUUUUUCCCCAACCCGAUUAACUGAUACCUAGUUCCAAGCAAAGCAAUGCUACGACCUCGUUUUUACUUUCUUUUCCUUUUUUUUUCUAUAUAUAAUUAUUAUAUUUUAUUCAAACGUCAAACGUGAUUGCUGGCUGAUUUAUGUACCUACUAUCUCUAGUCCUAUAUUCAAACCAUCCAAUAUAUGCUUUAUCGAAAAGCUUGUCCAUUAGUUAUACUUCUUAUUCUUUUUAUCUCUUUUCUUAUCGUCCGUGUUAUUCUAGUAUCUACCAAAG